AUGAGCUUGGGGGAAUCGGUAUAUGAAUAUAAUUCUGACAACAAAAAGAUCAUGGGGAUCAUUCAUGAAGCCAAAUUGCAAGAAUCGUCUCACGAAGAUGAUACAAACUGCGGCAAGCCAUUGGACAGAAAAUUGUCCAACUCUUCUAUGAAUGUCCCUGUAACUGAAGAAGAUGUGAAAGAUGCCGAAUGCUUCAGCAAAUUGGACUCCUCAAACAAUGUGGAUUCAAGAGGUAAAGUGCAGGAAAAGCCAUUUCAGCGAAUCUGGAUGCGGGAUGAUGAGAUCGAUUUACUUCAUAUUAUGAUCGAUCGCAUGGAGCAAAAUGCAGCUCAACCUCGUAGUUAUGAAGACAUUUUUUCUCAUAUUCGUGAACAUCCACUUAGUUUUCAACCUACUAGGAUUCAACUGAAGGAGAAGAUUAGGCAUUUGAGAGAAAAAUACAAGAAGAAUGCGAAAGAACCUCAAAAGUUUAUGAAGUCUUAUCAUGAAGUAAGACUAUUCGAAUUAUCAAGUCAAGUAUGGGGUGUUGAACAGUCAGAUUUUCUCCAAUCCAGUGGAACAAUUAAAGGUAAUUGCCAUUCCAAGGCAAAGGAGAUACUGGAGGAUGAAAAGGACACUUUUGCAGUGACAAGCAAUUCAGCUUUACAUGAACAAGUCGGAUAG